GUGCGGGCCCUGCGGUCCGCAGUAACUGUAGGCGCACCGGUGUGAGGGACGCUGUGAGACGCUGCUGAGAGCUCCUCCAGAGCGGUCUAAAGAUGGCGCGUGGAAGACCAGUGUCGGAUCCAUCCUCCCCGACCGUUCCAGUCCUGCUGGCCGUGCUGCUGACCGUGUUACAGCUACCCGAGGUCAGCGCCCAGCAGGUCGUGGCGCGCGGCUUCCACCCGGACAGUCCGCCAGACAUGGUUGCCUCCGGGUCGGUGAUCGAGACCCUCUCUGUCGCCGGCCCGGGCGAGUGCGCCGCGCGAGCGCUCUACCGAAACGCACUCGGCUUCAACCUGCAGCGCGCGCCGGGGCCGGACGGCAAGCGCUCCUGCCAGCCGACCAACGUCAUCACCGGCUGCUUCAGCGUCAACCUGGUGGAGCGCGCCGGCUGGGACUACUACCAGGUGGGGCGGCAGGGCCAGGGCCAGCGGGUGCCGCACCGCAGCUACGGCCACACCCUCACCGCCUACGUGUCGGCGCCGGCCAGCUACCCGGCAGAGGUGUCCGCCGACCCCGACUACCGCUGGGGACUGGACUGCAACGGACCGACGACCGUGGCCGAGCGCCAGUGCAGCCGCUACAUCCUCACCGGCAUCCAGAACGCCGAGACGACCGUCAACGACCUGGACUACGUCCGCUGCUACAUGUACGGCACCGAGUUCCGCGUCUCCCAGGAGGUGGCCGCCGUGGUGCCCGUGGAGCUGGACGCCGACACCACCCAGCGGCUCUGCCCGCCGAACCACGUGGUGACCGCUCUCGCCGACCCGGACAGCGCCUGGUUCACCACCACCGACUUCAUGAAGUGCAACCUGCUGAUGGCCAACUGGCGCGUCAACUACGACAACUGCUUUACCCAGGACCCGCGCAGCUCCGGCGCCGGCCGCACCGGCUGGAGCGACAACUGGAACAUCGACACGCCCUACAACCUGGUGUACGGCGUGGUGGGCAUCUGGCGCUCCGGCCUGCUCUUCACCGGAUUCAAGGCGUGCCGCAUGUACCGCGUCGCCUAGGGGGCCGCUGAAGGGCUCCACGGGAGCGAUAUGGUCAGCUUCAUGCCGAUCAGUUGACAACUGCGCCCGUGUUUUUCUCGGGGAAGAGUGUAAGUUAAUCUAGACUUCAACAGUAGAGUUAUAGGAUCUCAAACAGUUAGAAGUGCUUACCUAGUUGCACGUCAUUGUAAGCCGUAUGUCGCUGCAUAUUCUUGACUGGGACAAGGCUGUCCAUUGUAUCAGUUCAAGUUUUUUCCAAUCAAUUGAAUUGCGAUGAUCAUUAUUACAAAUAAGCAUUUGGUUUGUUUCAUUAUCCCAUUCGAAAUUAACAGGCAGGCAUACAUUAAAAAUAAAAAAACUACGACCCGACAACAAACCGUUGUUCUUAUAUUUUCCAAUAGCACUCGCAGAACAAGCCCGACCUAGUUUUCAUGUUGACGACUUUCGCCCUGGGACCAGUGUCUUAUCCUACAUUGGUCAAAGACAUCAUCUAUGAUUUAUUGAUGAACAGUUGACCCCAACUUACAAGCGCAGCGUAGGUACAAAGCCACCUGCGUUCGGCAUGUACGCACAUCGGACACAUAUUUCUCACAACUGUGCAUACAUGCCGUCAUGCAUAUUCUAUAUAAUACAAGCUACAUAAAAGGCGAAUAAAACGAGUUGGUAUGAUAAUAA